ACAAAACAUUAAUUGGUGCCAAAAUUCAAGAGAAAUAAUAAAGUUUUGAUGAAAACAAAGUAUCGAAUUAUUGAAAUUGCAUUUGUUGAAUGAACAUUUUUUACUGUACCAAACAACAAGUGAUAAAUUAAAAAUAUGGAAGAUUUAAAACAUUCAACUAAUCACAAUAAUGUGUUACAAUUAUCGAAGGCACUGCAAAAAAUUGCAAAAGCAAUUGAGCAACAAAAGAAAGAUCCAACAAAGAAGGAGUCCACCAUCGAAGAGUUGAAUUUUCUAAAAGAGCAAUGCAUAUCGAACAAUACACAAUUGAGUUUAUUGGCCAGCCAGCAGUUGUAUGGUCUUGUUGAAAACGGUGUUCUGGAGCCGGCAAAUGUACUUACAAUGUUCAUAACAAUGCUAUCAAAUGCCAAUACGCCAAUGAAGAUAUCAGUGAUCGGUGAGGGUAUUAUCAACGUUCUUCUAUUAGAUUUACAAAUUGCGACUAGGCAUUUAAAAUCCACUGAAUCGUACGUGUGUCCUUUUGGAAUGAAGUCCGCACAGCACCCGAUUAUAACAUUGUUGAUUCAGAAAAAGAAUAUCGAUGUACUGGAUUUGGCCAGUAAGCUGAAUGGCAUUUGUACUCAUUCCGAUGAAAAUAUACGCUCCAAUAGCAUUGCAUUUUUGCGUCCAGUUUUUCUUCACGUUUUGUGUAAUCCACUGCAAAGUCUCAACAUUGAAUCGAUUUGGUCAGUUGUGUUGAAGCAACAAAAAAUUCAUGCAACUACCGCUCAAAAUUUACUUCAAGAGAUUUUUGCGUGGUUUCGAAUCACACCAGAGAGAUGUCUUAGUCUCUCCACACAACUCAUUGACGUUAUCGAAUUCCAUUUGGAUAUGGAUGACGGCCAAGCAGCUUUCGACUAUCAAAUCUAUUUAAUCGCAUUGAUACUUUCGAUGAAUGAAUUUGGAUACGAUCCAAGGAAUGCCAUUGCUACGAUUUUGAAAUCCAUUCGAAAAAUAAAUGAAACGCUUGACGAGAAUGUAAUUGAUUACAUGCUGAUUUGCAUGGCUCAAAUUAUUCAUAGCAUUUCACCAUUCUAUUUGGGCAACGCACUUGAAAUUAUUAAGGUUUUGAUUGAUCGGCAGAUUGGGGAUAAUGUUAUAGUUCGUAAUAUGUUAUUGGAUAGCCUUAUUGUACGUUUGGCGAUCAAUGGAAAAAAUCUUCAAGCUCAGGUGGUAGCCGACAUUGAACGAAUGAUAAUACAGUUGCGAAAAAAUGCAACUGAAUCGAAAAUAUGUAAGGUUCCGAGCAAGAAUAACAUAUCUAUGCUAUACUUUCACCCAUCGAUUAUCAUGAACUUCAAUUUGGUUCAACUGGCAGGCAUUGAAUUGGCCAAUUCUCAAACUGAAACAUUGAAGCAUAUCAUUAAUGUGUUGAGUAAAAAUAAAGAAUUGGCCAAUGAAAUGCAUUACUUGCUUCGUUCAAUACUUCUAAGUAUGGAUCAGACGGUCUCGUCGGAGAUAUGGUCCGAAAUAUUGAAUCAAUUACUGACCAAUGUCAAAGCAAAUACAAAAAUUUCAUGCGAUACGAUUUAUUUCAUGUUAUACCUGCUGGCAAAAGAAACAAACGGUCACCGACAAAUGGAAUUACUUCGCGGUCUUACAUCAUUUACGGCCAUCAAAGAAAAUAUCCCAUUGAUACUUAAUACAUAUCGUUCGUUAGCUUCAUCAUCAUCGGCUGUACUUCGAAUACUUUCAGUUGAUUUGCACACGAAAUUGUGGCUGGAAGAAAGCAGAACCUAUCAAUUUUUGCAUAAAGUACUGAUUUCAGACGAUGAUAAACUCUCGGCACCUGAUAAAUGGGAAAUGAAUGUGGUCAAAGCAAAUGCAAUCAAAGAGAUUUGUUCACAAAAAGCAUCCCAACAUGGUACCGAUUUGGUAGCACCAUUAUCAAAAAUUCUCAACUCCUCGCUUGAUAAUGACUUGGCCAGCUCGCUGGCAUUAGAUGCUGUUGUGUGGCUUUGCAAAAGUCACACUGUAAAUAUCGUUUCAACGUGGAAGGUUUUACAAAGUGUAUUUGAAUCAGAAUUAAAAAUAAGAACAACAAAAAGCUUGUGUGACUUCUUUGGACAAGUGCCAUUAUUGAAAAGUGCCUCAAAUGAAUAUGAGGAAUUAUUCUGUACGGCAUUGAAACGAUUGUGGAAAUUUAUCACAGACACCAAUGAUGUUGAAAUCAGUGUAGCUGCAUGCCGGGCAUUGCAUAACUUUGAAUUUUCCGAACUAACUCUGCAACAUAUACCAACCAUACUCUACGAUAGCAUCAUAUUACCGAAAGAAUAUCAAAUUCAAAUUGCGGCAUCACACAAUGAUCCAGAUAAUGUGCCAUUGACAGCAGCUGAUGUUGUACCAUUCAUACCUGGCGAAUGUUGGAUUGAGCUCUUGAAAAAUAUAAAUCAAAAUGCAUUAAAUGAGGCCAUAGAGUUGGUGGUGCAUUUGAUUGAAAUCGAAAUGUCACAGUAUCGCAGCGGAGUAUACAUGUUGGCAGAAGGACGACCCGAACCAAAAGAAUUGCAGCACUUGCACGCUCGCAGUCCACUUCGAGCGAUGAUUAAAUUCAUAUGGCAACAAUCAGAGAACAAAAACGAACCGACGAUUGUAAUAAAGUGCCUUGAAUGUGUUGCAAGAAAAUAUUCUCGACCAAUUCCUCCGUUGAAUUGGUUCUUCCUUAUUGAAUAUAUCAACCAAGGAAAAUCAUUUGAAAAUGCCAACUCUGAUGACCAAUUCAAAAUGAAGAAGUAUGCUCUUACAAUUGCUGGAAAUCAAAUCGCACACUCUGGCUCAGCAAAAACACUCAUCGAAAACUAUUUGCAAUCGUUUGACGCAAGUGUCAAAGAACUGGACGAAAUUCAAAUGUGUUUGGAUCUGGUGAGUAAGAUUUGUGACGGUGUUUCGCCUCGGAUCUUGGCCACAUUCAUCCGUGACACAUUGACAUUUUUACAUGGCAUCUCAGCAUCGAGUCAUUUUGAGGAGAAUGGCCAUUUUGAAAUUGGGCUCAAAGCAAUUACACAGACUUUUGAUAAGAAAUGUUUGAUUCCGGAAAACAUUGACAUCAUAACCGAUGAAAUUUGCAAAUUUUACCAUAUACUGCCAAGUGAUUCAAAGAUCUAUGACAAAUAUUCAAAUUAUAUUUUAAAAUUGCCCAGUGAAAAUUUGGAUAAACUGAGCACUCCAGUGGAAUGGAACGACGAGAAUUUCAAGAAAUCGUUGGUUGUUCGAACAAAGGCGACAUUUUCACAGAAACCAUUCACCACCACAACGAAUACAUGGAUGUGGAUUAAUCUUUUAAUCGAUAAUGUAUCUGAUUCGAACGAUUCAACCGUUGAUCGGAAGAGAAAGGACGAUUUAUUGGUAGAAAUAUCAAAUUUAUCAGCACAACGUUAUAGUGAAAGUACUUUAAGCGAUUGGAUCAUGUACUUUUUGGGAAAGGUCCAAUCUGAUUUGAGUCAAGACAAUAGCGUACGCAUUCCGUUUUCUUUGGACCUAUUUAUGUUCGUCAUAGUAAUUGCCGCUGGAUGUGACAUCUUUGUCAGUGCACCAUUAAGCAUAAACAAUCGAAAACAAUGGCUCAAUAAAUUUCCAGAAGCUCUGUACCUGUUGAGCAAACGGUCAAAUUGGACUUGCCACAUGCCCAGAAUCUUUGAGUUUUUGUAUCAUUUGAAAACUCAGCAAAAAUAUUUAGCCAAAGAAUAUAAUUCGAUAAUUCGCAAUACACUGAUUUGUGUUAAAAAUCAUGAAUAUUUUCUACAGAAAUCAACCUGGAACAAAUUCAUUUCAUUGCAGUAAAAUGUAUACUAUUUGUAUUAAAGAUGUUUUUAUUAAAUAAACAAAGGCAUUUGUGUCCAAUCUUUUUAU